ACAAGGUAUAAAAGUGGAGCUCCUACCACCCCUGUUGUUGGUAGGUGAUUGCUCACAGUACCACCAUGAAGUGUCUGGUUCUUCUCGCCCUCUGUGGGCUCGCCUUAGGGCUACCUAGCGGCAGACUCGACGAACAGGGAGCGGAAACAUACUUAAACCAUCGCCUCGUGGACGUGAACAUCACCAGUGUGGAGCAGCAGAGCUACAUUAACGACCUCGCCGACGUUGGAAACAUGGGGCUCGAUGUCUGGUUGUACCCCACGCUGAAGAACACAGGGCGACUCAGAGUGCCUCCAGAGUCUAUUGACCUCUUCAUGGACUUGAUGCAGAAGUCCGGAGUCAGCGCCAAGAUCAGAACCCAGAACCUGAAGCAGUUGAAUGACGCUGUUUACGCACAGCCAGCGGAACCAUCUCAGUACGCUGACUUCAUCGAGGGCGUAAUUAGACACAACGCCUACUACAGGUUGAGCGAUAUUGACUCCUACACGUCCAACUUUGCCUCCUUCAGCGGAGUGAGCAAGUCCUACCUCACCAGGCCGACCUACGAGGGACGGAAUACUCCAUAUGUUGAGAUUACCGGAGGCUCCGGCAACAACAAGAAGAACAUCUUCAUCGAGGCUGGCAUGCACGCCCGGGAGUGGAUCAGCCCUGCAUCCGCAUUGUACUUCAUAGACAGGCUCCUUCAUCGACGUGAAACUGACAGCGAUGCCAACUACCUGUACAAUAACUUCAACUGGUUCGUCGUGCCCGUCAGCAACCCCGACGGCUAUGAAUACACACACACCUCCUACCGGUAUUGGAGGAAGAACAGGAGGGCUGUGUCUGGCUGUGGUAACAGCCGAGGUGUGGAUCUCAACAGGAACUUCGACUCUAUGUGGGGAGGAUCUGGGUCGAGUGGCUCGUGCUCUUCCGACACUUUCCGAGGGCCGUCGGUGUUUUCCGAGAAUGAGAGUCAGAACGUCCGUGACAAGGUCCAGCAGAUCAAGAGUCAGCAGGGCACCAUCCACGCCUACCUCUCCAUCCACUCCUUCUCACAGCUCCUCCUCACACCAUACGGCUUCGCCUCCGGCACGUACCCUCCCAACAACAACGACAUUCUGGAUAUCACCAACAGAGCAAGAACUGCCAUUCUGAACUCUGAUGGGAGAUCGUACCGUGUGGGCACUCCAGCUGAUAUUCUGUACAACGCCGACGGAGGCUCCCACGACUGGGCUCGCUUGACGGAGAAUAUUCAGUACUCGAUGACCUAUGAACUCCGACCCGCCAGUGGGGGUCUCGAGGGCUUUGUGCUGCCAACCUCUCAGAUUGCCCCUUGCAGUAAGGAAGUGUGGGAGUCUCUAUAUGCCAUCGCCAGCAACUUGUAACAAGGAUCCUGAUUGGCUGCAGGGAGUCACAACUUUGUAAUUGUCAGAUGAAAUGUCAUUGGAUGAGACAGCAAGCAAAACACCGACGGAAAAUUUUUAACAUAGCCUGUCGCUUGAAUUGAUAAUAUACCAGUUGUGUAAUAUCCUGUAUACUGUCGCCUUGUUCAGAGUUGAUAAAUAAAUUAAUCAAAUACUGUU